AUCUAGGGAGAUCUAGUGAUUCUCAUCGUUGAAUUUGCAUGUCACAUGUCAUGUGCACGUCACACAUGCGUUGUACGCGUUACGUCAGAUAACCUUGUUGCUGUUUCAGGAAACCGAUCCGAGUAAUUUAUCAAUGGAAUUCAAAUGCAGGAGCUCAAAUUGUUCCACAAAAUGCUUGGUCGUGGCUCAAUUAAUAAGUUAAAAAGUUUUUACUCGCAAAUUAACUUUAGGUGUACAUAUUACAUUUCUUCUAUUAAAUAGUGACGCACCGACUGUGAGUUUUGUAAUAAUAAAGCAAAAAUAAAUCUCAUCUUGUAAAUUAAAACACCAAAGAUGGAUGAACGCCUGCGAUUGAUUGUAUAUAGAAAUAACGCGAUUUUCGACGAUGUUAUCGUCAGAUUACAACGUGUGUCUAGGUAUGAUGAGAUCUGUGGACGUGAGUUCGCGUCGUCUGCAGAAGACAAUGUUGAAAAUAAUAAAUGUAAAAAGAUAACCGAGCCAGUUAGUUUAUGCACGAAAGGACUCAAUUCUUACCUGGUAUCAGCUUAUGUUGCUACGCUUUCACGAUCGUACGUUUAUCGCAAAAGUGCCAUGAGAGUGUUGAUCAAGUUUCAAAAGAAACAUAGCAGGUCACAAGCUGAAAAAUACGUGCAUAUAAUAUUUGUAAGACUAAGAACACCGAAAAAACAAUUCUUGGAUUACAAAUGGAAUGAAAGACUGAUGCAAAUAGUUAUAGAAAAGCAAGAAGCUGAUCACGCUAUGUCCUGGUUGUCCACAUUGGGAGGAGCAUUUUCUGCAUUGGGAGAAGAAUUUACAAACUGUGCUGAAAUAGCAGGCAAAAUUUCAGUGAAACAGCUUGAAUUAGCGUUGCGUCUCAACAAUCCUCUUCUUGUUGCCCGUUGUAAAUUAUAUACCGCUUUAAGCUUAAUUCAACGGGACCAAUUUAUUACUCCGCAACACAUUAUAAAGAGGAUUUACAAACUUGCGCUCAAAGAGAAGGAUGUGCGACUGCAAAACAUGUGUCAUGGUAUAUGGGCAAAGUUACGAUACAGUUACAAGCAAUAUAAACAAAGAAAAAAGUUUGUGUCAUUCAAAACUUUGCAUAUAUCUGCAAAAACUUAGGAAUUCAAAACUUUUUGUACGUUUUGUAAGUAUGUUGAUAAUAUAGACAAAUGUUUUUACACAGACACAUAGAUUGUCAGAAUUUAUUUAUAUAAACGUACACACAUAUAAUUUUGUUUAAUUUAAAUCUAAAUAAAGUAAAACAUAUUAAUUUAUUAUAACAUUAUUAAUGCACAAAGGAAAAGAUAAAUGAUGGUAAAUUAAGUCCAAAACUGUAUUUAUUGAGCAAAAACUUUUAAUUGUAUUUGUCGCGGCAAGGUUUUUUUUUAUUAAAUUUUACAUUCUAUCUAUUAUAUAAUAUAU